AUGCACUUCUCAACUGUCGUAUCGGCUGUCUUUAUUUGCGGUCGCGGGAUUUCCUUGGCCACUUUCACUGCCAAUUCCUCAACUUUGUCGACUCCUUCGAAGCCUGGUCUUGAGUGGACUAGAUCUUCUUCAACGAUACCGCUGCUGACACCCGCCUUCAUGGCCAAGAUUGAUUGGGACUUAAACAAUAACCACACUGUUGAGACUCAGUCUGGUCUUCGCAUUAGCAUCUGGGGCCGCGAGGGCUACUGGUACGAUGUGGAAGGUCGUCAGUUCGGCGAGAUCGUUCGUGCCACAGACGACGGCAUCAUCCCUCAUGGAACCAAUUACCUCGAGCUUCGUAUCUAUUACGUUAUCAAGCUUGACGACGGUUUCUGGGCAUACGUGAAGCAUACUGGUGGCGCUAUUCUCCGCCAGACACAGAACGGCGUCGUCCGUGUGGAAACGGCGUCUUUCAAGUACAAUUGGCUCAACCUGAUUGACUUCGUAGCACCGGGUACCUUCAAUGGUACUGAGAUCAUGACUGUCCAGCACUACUUUCCCAAUAGGGGGUGA